ACUGACAGACUCACUUGUUUCACUACGUGUCACUUUCUCAUUGGCCUAUCCAACUUAACCCAACUGUACUCUAAAUCACAGCUCGAACAAGUCCAGGACUUUAGCUACUUGCUACCGGUUGAUGGCUUGUUUGGUUUCUUCAAAAUAAUGUUAGGACAAAUAUAAUAUAAUACUAUAAAUCAUGUACCACAUUUAUUAUUUAUGGGUGUGUGAAGGAAGGAGAGAGAGAGAGAGAUUUUGAGGGGGAGAGAGAGAUGCUGAGCAUUUCUAAUUUGGUGCAUCAUCAAUAAUUGUUGAAUCUUGAGUUUGAUUUUUAAGAUCAGAGAUGGAAGCAAGUAAUGGAUUAGUGGCUGGAUCUCACAAUAGGAAUCAGUUGGUUCGGAUUAGGCAUGAUUCUGAUAGUGGUCACAAGCCCCUAAAGAAUUUGAAUGGCAAGCUGUGUCAGAUAUGCAGUGAUGAUGUUGGGGUUACGGCCACAGGUGAUCCAUUUGUUGCCUGUGAUGAGUGUGCUUUCCCAGUUUGCAGGCCUUGCUAUGAGUAUGAGAGGCGAGAUGGAAACCAGUCUUGCCCUCAGUGCAAGACUAGAUAUAAAAGACUUAAAGGGAGUCCGAGAGUUGAUGGUGAUGAUGACGAGGAUGAUGUUGAUGAUUUGGAGAAUGAGUUUAACUAUACUCAAGGAAACAAACAAGCAAGAGGCAAGUGGCAAGGCGAAGAUAUUGAGCUCUCUUCGUCCUCUAGGCAUGAAUCUCAUCAACCCAUUCCCCUUCUCACCAACGGACAAUCAGUAUCUGGUGAUAUUCCCAGUGCUACUCCAGACACCCAAUCUAUAAGGAGUACGUCAGGUCCUUUGGGCCCUGGCGACAAACAUGUUCAUUCACUUCCAUACAUUGAUCCAAGGCUUCCUGUUCCUGUUAGAAUUGUGGACCCCUCAAAGGAUUUGAAUUCUUAUGGGCUUGGAAAUGUUGACUGGAAGGAAAGGGUCGAAGGCUGGAAAUUGAAACAGGAAAAAAAUCUGGUGCAGGUCACAAACAGAUACAAUGAAGGCAAAGGAGGUGAUAUUGAAGGCACAGGAUCUAACGGAGAAGAAUUGCAAAUGGCUGAUGAUGCUCGCCAACCCAUGAGCCGUAUAGUUCCCAUUUCUUCUGCACACCUUACUCCUUAUCGUGUUGUAAUCAUACUGCGGUUAAUUAUUUUGGGGUUCUUCUUGCAAUACCGUGUUACUCAUCCAGUAAACGAUGCAUACCCCUUGUGGCUUGUUUCUGUUAUCUGUGAGAUUUGGUUUGCUGUAUCUUGGCUACUAGAUCAGUUUCCAAAAUGGUAUCCCAUUAAUCGCGAGACAUACCUUGACAGGCUUGCAAUAAGAUAUGACAGGGAAGGAGAGCCUUCCCAGCUGGCACCUAUAGAUGUUUUUGUCAGUACUGUGGAUCCUCUGAAAGAGCCUCCUCUAGUUACUGCUAACACAGUGUUGUCCAUUCUUGCUGUCGACUACCCAGUAGACAAAGUCUCAUGUUAUGUUUCAGAUGAUGGUUCAGCUAUGCUAACCUUUGAAUCUUUAUCUGAGACGGCAGAGUUUGCAAGGAAAUGGGUGCCGUUCUGCAGAAAGCACCAAAUUGAGCCUAGAGCUCCAGAGUUUUAUUUUGCUCAGAAGAUAGACUACUUGAAAGACAAGAUACAACCUUCUUUUGUGAAAGAGCGAAGGGCAAUGAAGAGAGAGUACGAAGAGUUUAAAGUUCGAAUCAAUGCACUUGUUGCUAAAGCACAGAAAAUGCCAGAAGAGGGUUGGACAAUGCAAGAUGGUACCCCGUGGCCCGGUAACAACCCUAGGGAUCAUCCAGGAAUGAUCCAGGUUUUCUUGGGGCAUAGCGGUGGCCUGGAUACAGAUGGCAAUGAAUUGCCACGACUAGUUUAUGUUUCUCGUGAGAAGCGUCCAGGAUUCCAACAUCAUAAGAAAGCAGGAGCAAUGAAUGCCUUGAUUCGAGUUUCAGCUGUCCUCACGAAUGGUGCAUAUCUUUUGAAUGUGGAUUGUGAUCAUUACUUCAAUAACAGUAAAGCUCUUAAAGAGGCCAUGUGCUUCAUGAUGGAUCCAGCUUAUGGAAAGAGAACCUGCUAUGUACAAUUUCCGCAGAGGUUUGAUGGGAUUGAUUUGCACGAUCGAUAUGCUAAUCGCAAUAUUGUCUUCUUUGAUAUUAACUUGAAAGGGCUGGAUGGCAUCCAAGGUCCAGUCUACGUGGGAACAGGAUGUUGUUUCAAUAGGCAAGCUCUGUAUGGAUAUGAUCCAGUCUUAUCAGAGGCUGAUCUGGAACCAAAUAUCAUCGUAAAGAGUUGUUGUGGCUCGAGGAAGAAAGGAAGGCAUGCAAACAAGAAGUAUGUUGAUAAGAAGAGGGCAGCAAAAAGAACUGAAUCAACAAUCCCUAUAUUUAAUAUGGAGGACAUUGACGAGGGUGUUGAAGGGUAUGAUGAUGAGAAGUCGCUUCUUAUGUCUCAAAAGAAUUUAGAAAAAAGGUUUGGUCAAUCUCCAGUUUUCAUUGCUGCUACCUUUAUGGAGCAAGGAGGCAUCCCGCCAACAACAAAUCCUGCAACCCUAUUGAAAGAAGCAAUUCAUGUUAUUAGCUGUGGAUACGAGGACAAGUCUGAAUGGGGCAAGGAGAUUGGAUGGAUAUAUGGUUCUGUAACAGAAGAUAUUUUGACUGGGUUUAAAAUGCAUGCUCGAGGGUGGAUCUCAGUGUACUGUGUGCCUCCUCGACCAGCAUUCAAGGGUUCUGCUCCUAUCAAUCUUUCUGAUCGUCUUAACCAGGUUCUUAGGUGGGCAUUGGGUUCAAUAGAAAUUCUGCUGAGCAGGCAUUGCCCCAUAUGGUACGGAUACAAUGGCAAAUUGAGGCCUUUGGAGAGACUGGCAUACAUUAAUACCAUCAUCUAUCCCAUAACCUCAAUUCCACUAAUUGCUUACUGUGUACUUCCAGCUAUCUGCCUUCUUACCGACAAGUUUAUUAUUCCAGAGAUAAGCAACUUUGCUAGCAUGUGGUUUAUUCUUCUUUUCAUGUCCAUUGCUGCAACUGGUAUACUGGAACUAAGGUGGAGUGGUGUAACUAUCGAAGAUUGGUGGAGGAAUGAACAAUUUUGGGUCAUUGGUGGUACUUCUGCCCAUCUUUUUGCUGUCUUCCAAGGGCUCUUAAAAGUCCUUGCUGGGAUUGAUACCAACUUUACUGUUACUUCAAAGGCAUCUGAUGAAGACGGGGAUUUUGCUGAGCUCUACAUAUUUAAAUGGACAGCUCUUCUCAUACCGCCAACCACAGUGCUUAUUUUCAACCUCGUUGGUAUCGUUGCAGGUGCUUCACAUGCCAUUAACAGUGGAUAUCAAUCAUGGGGUCCUCUUUUCGGCAAACUGUUCUUUGCAUUUUGGGUCAUUGUCCAUUUAUAUCCCUUCCUGAAGGGUUUGUUGGGUCGGCAAAACCGCACACCAACCAUCGUCAUCGUCUGGUCUAUUCUCCUCGCCUCCAUUUUCUCCCUGCUAUGGGUUCGGAUUGACCCAUUCACAUCUGACCCCACAAAAGUCUCAACAGAUGGCCAACAAUGUGGCAUUGAUUGCUAAGCCAUUUGGUUUCAGACAAGCCCCAGUUGGUGUAAAUAGGAAUGAAAUAUAAGUUAUGUUGCACUUCUUGGCUUUCAAAGGAACCGGGACAGAGGAAGCAGGCACUUUGUUGUAUCCUUAUAUGUACACGUUUUUUUGUCAAGUUAGUUUGUUACACAGCUCAUAUGUUGUAUUUAUUUAUUAUCAAAGAUAAUGUUGGCAAUUUCCUGAGAAAUGUUACAGAAUUGAAUUACCUGUGUAUUUGUGGCCUGUAUUAUACCAGAAUUCAGAUUUUUUUAUUA